CAGUAAUGCCCCUUAACUCUAGUUGCCACCUGCCAGAAAACCACAUAAGAAGAAUCAGAGGAAUCACAGCUCGUAUGUUUUGUUUUCUGAAGUUACUGUCAGUGGACCAGCUGUAAAAUGUCCACUGUAACGCAACCUGCGAAUGACCAGUAUGUAUUUCGUCGACGUGAAUUUGAAGAACAGCCUCCGGAAAACAGGAGAAGAUGGCAAACUCCGGAACAUGUUUACGCUGCACGACAGACCGCUUUACAUUACCAGCGAUUACAGGCUGAAAGCAGCCGGCCCCGACCUGCCCCCCCCAGGGACCCCAGCAGCAGAUGGCCCCUCGUGGACGACCCCACCACCAGAGAGCCUCAGCUGGACGACUGUGAGCGCAUGGGGACUCUGUUCGGGAUGCUCAACAAGGGUCUGCGGAGGAUGGGCUUCAGCCAGAUGUACUUUGGGGACAAGAUAGUGGAGCCGGUAGUGAUCGUGUUCUUCUGGCUGCUGCUCUGGUUCCUGGGGAUCCAGGCCCUGGGGCUGGUGGGAACUCUGUGCAUCAUCAUCAUCUAUAUCCAGAAGUGACGGGGGCGGAGCCUGCUGUUCGCUUGGGUUAAUGCUUCCAUCUGCGGGAUCUUUGUCAUGCGAAUGGAUUUGAGGGGGGCGUUUAAGUGAUGGUGACUAGCAGCUUUCUGCAAUUGGUUUGAAGCUUGUUCAGUGUUUCAGAGGGUCCCUUCUUCAGGAUUGAUUUUCCCUCAGAUACAGGAGUGGUGUUGUCCCGCUGCCUCUGCUAUUAUUCUGUUGAAAUGGCAUGGAGAGCUGCAGGAAUGAGUCCUAAAACCAGGAUAUGAGUUAGCAUUUUAACACUUCCUGUUCCCUUGUCUCAAAGUUGUUUUUUUUAACAUGUUUUUGGUUAUAUAGCUGAAAUAAGAUCUGUGGUUAACAAAAGAUUUUCAAUUUCCAGAAGUAACACAUGUCAGUAAAUACUCCACUGGUGCAUGCCUGAAGCUUUUAUGUGUCAUAAAAACGGCGGUUGAAUACUAGUUAGUAAAUAAGACUACUAAAAGUAAUCUCGCCGAACAUUAGCCGCUUUUAGCUUAGCGGUGGUGACAUAAAGUCACGUGACCAUGAUUGUCAAGGUUGUCUAUUUAUAGCAUUAGCUAACGUUAGCUUUUAACUCUUGCAGUAAUUAGGGUUAGGUAAUUAGCAAUUACGCUUCAGAAAUCAUAAAGUGGUGUAAAUAUGUGGAAAUGAUCCUGCUGAACACAACAUGUAACAUGUCAUAUCAUAACAAUGUGUUUACCAUAGAUCUUAUUUUCAGCAAUAUUUGGAAAUCCAAUGGAAAAGCCCCAUUGAUUUUUGUCGAGGGAGCCAUUAAGAUGCUAACUUCCGGGUCGGGCUACAAAAAUACGUCUUCACGGCACCACUCUAUAUAUGAUCUGAAUAUGAGAACAGGAAGACAUUGUUGGAAAUAUCUAGUUUUAGUUUGAAUCAAAGACUAAAGAGUGAAGGACUGAAGUCGCAGCACUGAGGAAACACUGCACACAUCUCUGUUUACUUCAAAAAGAUUGGAGAUCUUCGCUGACAUAAAGAAUGUGAACGUGUUGGGUAAUCGUAUAACCCAUCCGAAGGAAAGGUGUCUGAAAGUAAAUCUGACACCUUGUGAAACCUAUGCUGUAAAAUGUUUACUUUGUGAAAGGGAAAUAUAUAUUGAUGGCUGAUUAAUGAGAAAAGUAUUGUUGUUCUAAAAGUGACACUUCAGGUUUCUAUUCUGGGGACCGGUUCUGGAUAACUGUCUCCUUUGCUUUAUGUAUCUUGGUGCCUGCAAAAUUAAAUGCACUUUGGUACGAUGGUGUAUUGGGCCAUUGUACGCUAAACAAAGAAUACGUAGCCAGGGAAGAAAACUAAAACCCAUUCACAAGAACACCAAAUAUUAUCUGAGAUUCAUAAAAAGGGCAUUGAUUCAGUUUUUAAUGUUGGCGUGACCUCAGCCCAGCUUGCUGUGUAUUUUUCUAAUUAUACUUUUCAACGGUAAAGGUUUCAGCAGUAAGGAAAUAACAUCAAUGGCAGUGGCAGAUUUUUUCCGGCUGUGUAUUUUCAAAUUCUAGCGCACUCGAGCUGGUUUCUCCAAAAUGACCUACCCCACCUUUAAGUUGACAUUCACAAAAUGAAAUGAUUCAUAGAACUGCUCAAUAUAGCAUAUCAAUAUCAGACCUGUUAUUGUUUUGGGCAUUUUUGUGUAAAAUCUAUUUACAUAGGGUGACACAUAAACACAUCUUUGUUACCAAGUCAGGUGCCUAUGAAUAAAAGGCGGCUCUCGUUUCUUGAUGGUAUCCUAUUUACAGCACGUACCGUCAAAGCUCGAGGCGGACAGCAUUCAGUUGCAUUAUAUUUUACAACAGUCCGAAUUAUGACCUCCUUACAAAAAAAUAUGCAAACAGUAAUAAAACGAAUGUUGAAAUUCA